UACUGGAAGUUGGUUUUAUAUUCCCUCUAUGAAAAGAAGGCGCAGCGUCCGUAGGGCUGUACCCAAGAUACCGCAUCCACCGCAUCCACCAUGACAAGUAAUUUGCGACUAUUGGCUUGUCGCCUUUGCAGACGCCGAAAAAGAAAGUGCGAUCAUAAGAUCCCAUGCACCAAUUGUGUCAAGGUUAAUGUCCCGUGUAUUCCGAGCUCACCAGCUCCAGCAAGGCCGAGACGUCGACCUCGUGCUGAGCUUCGAGAAAGACUGGCACGUUGCGAAGAGUUGUGUGAGCAACUUAAAACCGCACACAUGGAGGAUGCAAGCUCCACGUCUAACAUGAGUGCAUCGCAAACGUCAAGCAUGGAAAGUCCCCAACCAAUGCAAGACAAUUUGAUCUCAAAUCGAAAGACAUUGAUUGAUCAAAGUGCUGUGCGCUUCACAGACAGAGGGCUAUUGAGUGCCAUGUUCGAAGAGGUCCUAGAGAUGAAGUCCCUUCACGCUACCGAGACUUGUGAUGAAUCUUCUUCUGAGAAGAGCUCCAUAUCAAAUGAUGCUCAUUUCCAUAAUUUUAGUGGGGAAAGCUGCUUCGACGAACAAUGCAGGCUUCAACCUCUACCAAGUCAGAUACAUUACCUCUGGCAAGUAUUUCUAGAGCGCGUCCAUCCUCUGACAAAGGUCAUACAUGCACCAACGGUACAGCCAUAUCUGGUUGACGCAGUUUGCAGCACGGGCAGCCUGCCUAAAGGCAUGCAGGCGCUCAUAUUUUCAAUAUUUUCCCUAGCUACACUCUCGUUGAGCGAAGACGAAUCUUGGAAUAUAUUGGGAAGCUCCCGAGAACAUGCGUUUCAACGGUUCUCCGCUGGGCUUCGAACUGCUCUUCAGCGUGCACGGUAUCUCGAGUUACCCAACUUGACUUUGCUUCAGGCAUUAACACUUUACCUGAUAUCACUUCAGGGGCGAUACGGCUCGCGCAAACCAUGGAUUUUAAACACCGUCUGUGUCCGAAUGGCACAGCAAAUGGGUCUCCACAGAGAUGGCGAGCUGCUAGGACUUUCUCCGUUCGAAACUGAAAUGAGGAGGCGGGUUUGGUGGCAGACUAUGAGGCUUGACCUCAAGUCGAAGAGAGCAUGGGGAUUAAGCCCCUCCACACUGCCUUUAACCACCGACUGCAAGAUACCCACCGAUAUUGAUGACGAAGACCUUGUUCCCGACUCAACAGAACCUUUCAAGGUACCUUUGGAGGACUAAAAUGGCUCUACUGAGAUAAUAAACUGUUUGCUCUUCUCUAUAGUUGGGCAAUUGGCCUUGAUGUGGCCGAGUAUUCUGGAAGCUUUGUCCCCCGG